AUGAAGAGGGGGCCGGGCUCGGGCGACAAAGCAGCCUGUCGUUCCAUAGAAAAUGAUCUCAUGGAAUGCUGGCGAUCCAAUAGUAGGCUCAGGUCUCGUUGUGAUUCGCGAAAACAGGACUUUUCGACCUUCACACUCCCGAGGGCCUCACACAUUAGGGGCCUGUAUAUUUUGUUUCGGGCGCGGUUCGUUACCACUCGAUCCACGCAUGGCCCGCUGACAGGUCACCCACGAUACGAGUCUAUCAAUACGGAACCAAAUCGCGUUGCUAACAAGCAGAGGACCGCAGUUGUAGCUUGUAGCCAGAUGGCCCCCAAAGACAGACCUAGAUGUGCGGCUCGGAAGGCUCCGGGGUUGAACGUCGAAAUCCGCAAGACCCGGAAGCAAAAGGUUAUGGCGUGGUUGUUGCCGGCGGCCAGGGCAAUCCGAUGA